GGCGGGUGUGUUUCAUCACCUACACACUGUCCUGCUACUGUCAUUACUAGGUCCUAUCUCCAUUGCUACGAAUAAGCUACGGAUUUCUCUCUCAUGUACGUACCUUUUCAUAGCGCAGGACUCAUAUUUUACUUAAAUUCUCCCCUCUAUCCACUUGACUGCUCGUCUGUUCUCUCCCUAGGUAGAUAUCAUACGCCAUAUCUCCUUUGGAGUCAACGAUGGACACUAAUACUACCUCGAACCCGGAGACUCUCUUCCGACCGGUAAAGAGAAGAAAGUUCUUGCGACGUCGCCCUGAGGACACACUAGAAGAUUUCCGCAAUGAAAAUCAAAGGGAUGACCGUGACUCAGAUCCUGCCACCCCCUCUCAAUCCCAAGCAGACAAUGAUACUGUGCACCCUAUUGAUCCUGUUCGUCUACGACGUCUUCAUCGCUUUCGCAAGGGUGGCAUUGGAUUUUCUACUACCUCUCCACAGUCGGCAAACAACGAUAAGCAAGCUAUCGUAUCUACGGGAUCAGCGGAGGAACUCGAGGCGCAGAGAAUCCAAGCUAUGUGUGACCGAUUUACAGCACAUACUGGACAGACGGUGGAUGUUGACAAACAUAUGAUGGCUUAUAUAGAGACCGAAAUGGCUAAGCGACACCAGCACACUGUCCCGACAGAUGAUUCAGAUGGUCCUUUGGUGGGCGAAUCUGGUGCUGCGCCGUCCCCAACCGACCAUCCUCAACGUGAACCGGCGUCUUUAGGUAAACUCCACGAGAUUGAUCUUGGCCAGGAGACCAAGCUACAGAAUAUCGCACGGACGGAGGCAGCGACAAGAAAGUUAGCAAGAGACGAUGAAUAUGAGCAUCUCAAGCAUGACGGCUCUCUCUCCACAGCAGCUCCUAUGGGAAUGGAUGAGAGACUAUGGCGUCGUCAGAAACGACGAACCAGUGAGGAUGUGGAAAGAGACCGACUCGUAGAAGAAGUUUUACGUGAGAGUAAACUGGAUGUAUAUGAGGAACCGGAACAUGAAACAGCGGCAGCGGGAGACGACCAAGCUGCCGAUGACAGAGUCGCCGAACAGUUCCGAAGAGACUUCCUCGAUGCCAUUCAGUCACGUCGUCGGGUAACGCGAGUGAAAAACCCCAAGACCGUGAAAACCGAGGCAUCGCGGGGUCCUAAGCUGGGAGGCAGCCGGAGUGCUAGGGCUGCGAUGCGGGAAAUGCAAGAGAAGCAAGGACGUAAAUGAAUGUGCAUUACAACCUACCCGCCCCACUCAUCUGGAAUCUUGGAUAAUCUCAUCCUUACUGUGACAUACUUGUCGCCUGUAGCGCCAGCUUACACUCUGGAUAUACUUCAGUGUAAUAUUUUCC